CGCAGUUGGAAACUGUCUCGAAAGCCACGUCACAUCGUGCACUCCACCAGGAAAUCGGUUCGUGAGAGUGUUCUUGUCAAAGAUUUUCCAAGCAAAAGCUUGCAACGAUUGAUGUGGGAUGGUGGCUGGGAUGAGGUGAAGAGUUGCUCUGUGGCAGCGUGUGAACUGCUGAUGGGCUGGGAAGGGAUCGUGAUGUUGAGUCCGUCGAUGAUGUUCAAUAGAGUCGGAGGAUAUGCCGACGAUGCACCAGCGUGGACAUAGUUUCUACGACAUUGAUAUAUCGCGGACUAUUGGUGUUGCUUUUCCAAUUGGCCUGUGGAAUUGUCGGAGGCGUUUGAAGCAUUGCUCAUGGGUAGUGUGACCACAAUGACGUCCGUGGUGCCUGUGAGUUCCCUUCUCCCCCGCCCGAAUUUGUGGUCACAAGGCCUCAGAAAUGGAUCAUUCAGCAGUUCGUGCGCGCUUGUGAAGCAUCCCCGCUUCAGAUUCUCGAAAUCCAGCUCAAGAGAACAGCUGAUGGGAUGGCAAGAAGGCUGCAGAGAGCGAAGAAAAGGGCUCUGUGUGGCGAGCAUUAGCGAAAGGGAUGGACCGACUUUGGAAGAGGAAGAAGAACGUGCACGGGCUGACGAGAGGACAGGUAUGGGAGGGUACAAGCUGAAGGAGAACCCUAAAGUAGUUCAACCGGUGCAGUUGGAGAUGGAAACAUUGGGUGACAUAGUGCGACCGAAGCGUUUUGCCUUCAACUAUGGCUUCCAAGCAAAAUUUUUGAGGACGGGACCGUCGGUUCCUGGAAACGUCGUCAAAUUGGCAUUCGAGAAUUUUGGGCGCGAAUGGAGGUCAUUGCGGCGUACUAUCCUGUUUACAGAGCUGAAGAGGAUUGAUCCCUCCAAGUUGAAUGGUCCGCUUGAAAUCGUCACAGCCUACACCGGGCGUGGUCUUUUCUUGUUUCUCAGAGGCUUGGACAAGUUUCUCACAUUGUAUGAUGGUCUAAUGGAGUUGAAACCUCUUGAAACGAAUGGAGAAAAUCUAGAGCAAGAUGAGUUAAGAGCAGCGCUGAAGAAGUUGACCCUGAGUAACCAGGCUGUAUGGGAUAGAGAAAAUGCGCGCCCUCCAGUAGAAGCUCCUUGGUGGAUUCUCGGCCCUUACUAUCUUCUCUGUCUGAUGCUGGACGUGAUCUUUAAUGAUAGGCCCAUCCAACGCUUCUGGUUCUUGGAGACUGUGGCUCGAAUGCCUUACUUUUCAUACAUUUCAAUGCUUCAUCUAUACGAGACUUUGGGAUGGUGGCGCAUUGGAGCUGAAGUACGAAAGGUUCACUUUGCAGAGGAAUGGAAUGAAAUGCACCAUUUGCGGAUAAUGGAGUCCCUUGGAGGAGACUUGGAGUGGGGAGACCGGUUCUUCGCUCAACAUGCUGCUUUUUUCUACUAUUGGGUGUUGAACUUGAUGUUCUUGAUCUCACCGAAAGUGGCAUAUAAUUUCUCCGAGCUCAUUGAGAUGCAUGCUGUGGACACGUACGGAGAGUUCGCUGAUGCAAAUGAGGAGCUGUUGAAAACUCUCCCACCUCCUCCUGCAGCCUUGGAAUACUACGAGAGCGAAGAUCUUUACAUGUACGAUGAGUUCCAGACAAGUCAAGCACCUGAGACUCGUCGUCCAAAGAUCAACAAUUUGUACGAUGUCUUCAAAGCUAUUAGUGGAGAUGAACUAGAGCACGUGAAAACAAUGUCAGCAUGUCAAACCUUGGACAUGCCCAUAAAGAGCCCUCAUAAUCGACGUCAGCAGGACAAUGUGACGGCCAGUAAAUGAUGAAUUUUUUUCCUUGGACCAUUCCUAUCUCGUGAAAUCUCAGCAUGGCGGCGUCUUAAUCUACAACCCGACCUCUGGGUGCAGGCUAGGUAGGAACCUAUUUGUGUAUGUACUCGUUUACAGAAUGAUCGCUAAGUAGCUUAAGGCUUAGUUCUCUGUGACCGUUUUGUAUGACCAAUUUUGACAUAGAUUUGAUAUAUUUGGCAAUAUUUGAAGUAUUGUUUGACAGGAACAAUACUAUGUAGGGGCCGUGAGCUUAGCGCCCAGUUUCUUGUAUAAUAGUUUUGAUGAUCAUCUGUUACAAUUUCAGUGGAAUGGUGAUUGAGUUCUUCGACCAGCUCUUUUUGGUCUGUAAUGUACGAUUACACUAAGUUGA